ACCUCCCUACGCCCAAGACACCCCUCCGUCUCACUCGGCCUCCACCAAGAAGCUCCCCUCGUCGAGGUCCGUGGCUCAAACACGACCUUUUCCCACUUUCUCUUUCCUGUCGCAUUUCCCAUAGACGACUCAAAUCUCCCUCCUCAACCCUCGUCUACCUACACAACAAAGGGCCGGACACACUUUCUUCUGCCUGUGUCUCUUUUGUGCUGCCCCUCUUUCUUCACGACACUUCUUGGUGCCCAUGUGCAGCUCGCCCAUGCCCCUUGGCCUGUUCUACAUGUCGCCGCCUUUGCCGCUGCUGCUGUCGCCGCUGCACUCUUCAGCCUUACCCCUGAAAAUCGCAAUCGCCAUCGGUCCGGCCUGCGCAUACUAAGCGACGAAAAACCCCCCUUCCGAACCACUUUUUGGUUCUCCCUCGCCAAGUCGACAGGGAGGAUGUCGCUCAAUGGCCUGGACGACCCCAAGGUCAAGGAGGCCCAUGAGGCUGCCGUUGCUGAACCAGGAGGAUGGUUUCUCCUCAAGUAUGCCAGUCGCGAUGACGUUGAACUAUUGGGUCGCGGGAAUGGUGGCAUUGUAGAGAUCCGGAACAACAUCGCUCAAUUCGAAAAUGACAACGAAGACCACUCGCCCUUAUUUGGCUUUCUGAGGUACCGACGCCGGAACGUAAUCAUCAAAUAUCUUCCCGAAGAUUGUUCUCGACUUGUCCAAGAGGGAGAUGAAGCUGACUGGGCCUUCUGGCUGUCAAUCGUAGCGCGAGUCACUGUCCACUUCAAUGCCGUAUGCGAGCGGUUUGCGCCGUACAAUACCGAUUUCUCGAUAGCUUCCGCGAAGGAGCUCAAGGACACCAAGCUGUCUGCCGCCUGCUCCUUGCACGCUGCAUCUGGAUCAACCUCGUCCUCGACCAGCUCUUUGAGACGGAGACGGUUGAUGGAGAUUGCGGAAGAGGAAGAAGAAGAACAGAGAGCAAGCAAGCGGAAGUCCACCGGUGAUAAUCUGGUUGAAGACGCGACAGAGGAUUUGACAGAAACCCCGAAAUCGCCAAUUGACGGUCCGCCCGUGACGUUGAAUGCCGACCUUGCCAAUUCGCCAGAAGAGAGCAAGUUUUCUACAUCAUUGGAGCCGCCCGAAUUUGUUGGCGCCAGACCACCUUCACCUUCGAAAUCAGUAGACGAAGGACGUCGCAUGUCAUCGCAGUCCCUGCGACCCGAGCUUUAUUCUUCGUCAUCUUAUACCUACGGCAAACCCAGAGUCAAACUUGCCCCACGACCAUCUCUCGACGUUGCCGGCCGUGCUCGCACCGGAACUGCUGCUGUGGGGGCUGCUUUCCGACCAAUUUCGCAGAUGCCCUCUGGCUUCAAGCUAUUUUCCAAGGGUUCCAAAAAGGGAAAGUCCAAGGAAAAUACUCUGGAUCCUGCCGAACCAGCCCACCCCGACGAAACAACCGAAAUCUCCUUGGCCGCCACUUCAAUACCCCUACCCGACGGGGAUCCCAUUUCCCAGGUUGAUGAACCCGUUAGGCCACACACGAGCUCAGGACGACCCACAACGAGCUCGGGCGCUUCAAUUAAAUCCGCGAUGCCGUCCUUCACCACCCUUUCCGCCAAACAGGUCAUGACGCCUGAAAAGGCGCGUCUAAUGAAGGCCAUGCAACUGAGGGAGAAGAAGAAGAAAAUGAACCAACAAUCCGCCUCCGCCCCUGUUAUCGAUGCCCCUGCUGAGGAGGUCGCCUCGGAAAAGGCUCAGCCUGUCGAACACAUUGAGGAGAUAACCGAGGAGACCCUAGCUGCCGAAGCAGAUGACGACGACGAACGUAAGAGACGACUUUCGGUCUCCAAGGCAGAUUCAGGCAUUGUCGUUGACACAUCGUCAGUGUCUGUCCACACCGACGUGGCCUCUGAGUUCACUCAGAGUGACUCUCAUCCUGCAUCGCCCAUCAUAGCAUCUUCCGAACCCGACCAGUCGACGAAGGCGUCAUCACUUUCCGAAUCCACCGAAGAGACAGUAAAGGAGCUCGAGGAAGAGAAUCUUGAUGCUGAUAUGGAUAUGGUUGAGGCACACGAGCAAGUCGAGCGGGAGGCGGAGGUUGAGCAAGCUCAUGUUAUUGAAGAGGCUACGGCCCCUGAAUCGAACGAGCCCAAGGCCGAUACCAGUGAGAAACAGGACGAUACCGAGCCGGUGGCUGAAUCCACCCCCACGAUUCAAGACGUAGUCACCGACCCCCCCGAAACCAACCCAGUCGAUGUUUCCGCACCCAAGGAAGCUCUACCUGCCGACGAGAACUCGAUCGAGGACAAGGAGGAAACCCUCGCUGUCAUACCACAAGGACUUGAUGUCGAGCAAGCGGAAACCACUGGACUCGCCCAGCCCAUAGAACCACAAAUUGAGACUGAGAAGGUAGCAGUCGAGGCUCAACAACCCAAAUCGCCCACCUUUAGCUUACCAAUCUCCAAGUUUUCCACGAGCCCAACUCAGCCAAAGGCUCCCGUCGAAUCGACGAAGCCGACCCCGCUGGAUGUCAGCGACACCGUUUCUUUGCCGGCGGAAGUAUCACCCAAAUCGCCGCUAUCUCCUCGCUCGCCUGGACUCAGAGUUCCUCGGUCCAAGUUCUCGACCCAGGAUCUCAGGUCGGCUGCAACUGUCGAAGUUCCCACCAUCGUGUCGCCUGAAGAACAGGCACUCACAGAGCCACUGCCCACUGCUGAAGAGGAAAACGACAGUGUUGCUGAGGAGACUCCGGUAGCCUCGGAGGCGUCCAAGCGAAGAUCGCUCGUUGAACCGAUCCGGACCGAUCUGGAAGUACUCGAGAAGCGCGCAAACGACAACAUCUCUGACGAUGAGGACUUGUUAGAUGAGCUGCAUUCUGCUACAGUUGAGCAAGCACAGCAUAUAACUGUAUCCAAAUCGCCCAUUACCCCAGUGUUUCCCAGCCCGACGAUUCAGAACGCUAGCAGGCCGACGUCGCGCGGAGUCGUUCGCACCAUUUCGAACCCAGUGCGGGGGCUCACGGCUGCAGAUGUGGCUCAAGCCCAAAGCCAGAGAUCAAUCUCAUCUGGCGCAGCCUUUCUGCACAAGAUUACGCAGCAACAGGGCAACAAUCACUUGAAGCCAAACCAGCCUAACAAGAUUGGAUCUAGCAUCUCCCAACGUAUCAAGGCUCUGGAAAAGCUGUCUGCCCAUGCACCCGGUGUUGUCGAAGCGGACACAAGUAGUCUGAAGGCUCCGAGGCCAUCCUCAGCAUUCUUCGCCGUUAAGAGGGGAAGCGUCCGGGAUCCGCCAUCUCGUUCCCCUUCGGUUGUCGACAGGACGAGGCCUUCGACACGUGGCGCCAGUCCUGUCCCCCCUAUUAUGGCCGAGUCUGUAGAGUCAUCUCCGGAGACUGCAGGCCGGGGUAGAUCGGGGUCCAUGGCAAACAGGCUCUCAAUGUUUGAGAUGCCUGGCAGCAAUCCGCCCAGGGGCCGCCCAGAAUCCAUCUCCGUUACGGCGCGAAUCAUUCGCGACCCCAGCCAGGCUGGUAAGGCGCCGGAGCCGCCCAAAAACCCCUCCGAGUUCGAACGACUCGAUCUUAAGGUGUCGCCUUUAGUUGUCGAUCAUCAGAAGGCUGAGCUCCCGCUCCCGCCAGCCAAUCUGGCCACAGUGGAGCCCUCCAAGGAGACUAUCCAAGAGCGAAGACUGUCAAAGGAGAAGCGCCGCUCUCAGUCCAUUGACCCAAAGGAGGAUGUCGAAGAAGCUCCGAGGCGCUCGUCUCUCAGCAUCAUGAAGGACUUCAUCAAGGACCGCCGCAAGUCACUCACUUCUCCCUCCACAGAGGCGUUGACCGCUCCUCUCCCCAUGUCUCCUGGCUCAAAGUCUCCCUCAAGACCCCCUUCUACUCACGCGAAUUCUGGUGGUCACAGCCGCCGUCUAUCGAUCAGCAGUCGUCGAUCUUCCAUUAGCAAGGAGAACGAUUUGAGCGGUGCCAUGUCUCCGUCCAUGUUUACUGAGGGCAGCGGCUCUGGCGACGAUAGCAAAUCCACUGCUAGCGACAAGAAGAAGGGUCGCGCGGGUCGGUUCAUGCGUCGCCUCUCGUCAUCCCUGAGCAGUGCUGGGCGUGGUAAGACCAUGACCCCGACUGCCAUCUCUCCUACAGUUCAGGAGGAGGACGCAUCAGAGGUGGCCCGCCUCCAGCAGCCUACCAUCGAAGCUUUCAUGGGAGAUGUCAAUGUCCAAUUUCCAGACAACUUGCUAUGGAAGCGUCGCAGCAUGUGCCUGGACUCCCAAGGGUUCUUGAUCUUGAGCGCCGUCGCCGCUGGCAACGCCGCCAAGAACAAGCAGCCUACAGGUGCCGGUGUCAAGAGAUACCAUCUCUCGGACUUCCGGGUGCCCUACAUCCCCGACAUGGAAAUUCAGGAGCUGCCUAACAGCAUUUGCCUUGACUUGGUCGAAGGCUCCGGCUUGCAGGUUGCGUGCGAAGAUCGCGCCGGCCAGAUGAAUGUGCUGCACAUUCUUCGAGACGCGCAUCAAAGCCACAGUUCCUUCGGGCAGUAA